CCUUUAAUUUCUUUUUCUCAUAAAAUAAGAGACAGAGACAAGGAGGGAGUCAAUUUGCUUGAGCUCUCAGUGGUUUAAUGUUGAAGGAAGCCUUGCUUGACAUGUAGAAGACCCUUUCUGAUUCUUCCUUUGCGCCUUCUACUUUGAUCUGUGUAGAAAACCCAUUAGAAUUUUCAAAUCACAGGUAUAUUGAGGUGUGGCAACAAAAGUCGGGACUUUUGACUCUUCAAGUUCAUCUGCUCUACCAGAUAUGGAUCAAAAAUUUAUUGGUGCUGCAGAGGGUUUGUCAGAAGAUUUGAGAAACGACGUUGAGUUAGUGAAAUCAUCCUCUGAAAAGCAACUUUUGAGACCAUCAGCUCGACAUUAUUCAGUAUUUAAAGGGCAAGCAACAGAUGCGGAUCCUGAAAAAGGAAGAUAUACGCUUAUUAAAGAUGCAGAGGACUUUCCAUCAGGAAUAUAUGAGAAACAGCUUCCAUGCUUUGGCUGUGGGAUAGGAUGGUUUUCAUUUCUUUUAGGCUUUGUCUUCCCAUUGAUGUGGUACUAUGCCACAGUUCUCUACUUUGGAAACUACUAUCGCAAAGAUCCUAGGGAGCGAGCUGGACUGGCAGCCUCUGCAAUUUGUGCACUGGUUUGUUCUGCUGUGUUGGUGGUCAUAGUACUGUUUCUGAUAUUCUAGCCUUGGGUAAUCCAAUUCAAAGUGUCUUCUGACUUCUUUGCAAGCAUGAAGAAAGCAUUGUUGGAUUGGAAAGGAGUGUAUAGACAUGGAGGCUAAAACAUUUGCAGUAGAAAGGAAGGAAAGAAACAGGUGAAAAGUACUUCAGUCUGAUACUUGGCAAUUGUUCAGACGUCCUACAAGCUUAAAGGAUCAACCAUAUUCAUAUUUGUUUGUGUUUUAUCAAGUGGAUGAAGAGAAAUUAUGUUUAUAAACAUUGUAAUUAACACAUAGUUUUAUAGUGGUAAUACAGAGCUGUGGAAUGUUGAGACCUGGCCUUUUGUUAACUGUGUGUUUAUCGAUGAAUUGAGUUGGCUCUGCUGAAUAUGUACCAUCUUUAAACUCA